GUCACACAGCUGGGAGGCCUCCAUUUUGGUCUUAAAAUUUAUUAAGUGUGUUCGAAAAUUGAGCUUUUUUACUUUAAAUAAGAAUAAAUCGCUAACAAUUUAAUUGUAUUUAAAUACAAUAAAUUGACGACCAUCCGGAUCAUAAUACGAUUUUAUUGCGCCAUGUCGUUUUUGCUCAAAAAAGUCGAUUCGCUCCUGACUUCCGACGACCUGUCAACUAAAGACAUCAAUCCCUUUCAGGAUAUACCUAAAUUGGAGAUCUUCAAAGAUAUUGAAUCAGAAGAUGAGGAAAUCGGUGAGCAGGCAGCUGGAGGUGGAUAUAUACAAACAACGGGAAAUGUUAGGGACAAUGACAGCAAGACUUGCACUGUUUCGCCAAAGGCUGGUGUCCACGAUCUCAACAUUUUCCGAGUAUCAUGUACAUGCGAAGACUGCUUGAAAUAUCGUGAAACUAUUAUUCUAUUGCUGCUAGAAGAUUUCGAAUACAAUACGUUGUGGAAGCGAUUACAAAUGCUAAUAAGGAAAUUUUAUACGCUCGUACCAGAACUGCCAGUCGAAUUGAAUGCAUCCGAUUAUACGUGGUUGGGCGAAGGACAUACGAAAUGGGUUGGUGAUGGUAAACUACUCGAUACGAAACGGAAUAUUCAAUUAUCGCUAGGUAAUAAUUUGCCUUUGUCAAACGAUAUGACAUUUAUACUCGUAUUCAGUAUGCUGUACAGGAGGGACCCACAUCAGUUAUUCGAAUUACUCUGUUUUCAAUUACGAAAUAUUGCCAUAACGUACAGUGAAGGAUUUAAAGACAUUAUUAAGCCGAAAAGUGAUGAUGAAUCGGAAACGCCAACGUACAAUCCCGUCGAGCUGUUGAAUUUUAUUCUUGAUGGCUACGACAAGGUUUGUACAGCGUCAAAAGCAUUGUCGCCGUUACUGUUCGAGCUUCAAAAAGGCCACUUGCAAAAGUUCUCUCUGACGUGGAACUUGUUGAACAAGCGGAUGUAUCAGCGUUGGGUGUAUAUGGGUGUCAAGGAAUUGAUUCCAGAGUGUAUCCUCAAGCUCAAGACAAUACUCGACACCGAAAAAUACAAGGCAAUGGUUUAUCGCUUCAUCAAAUUCGAUGACGAAAUGACGUUGCUUACGUUCAAAUGGCGCGAAAUAUGGUCCCUGGCAAAUGCUUAUCACAUGGAAGAUCACGAUUUUGAGCGGCGACGGCGGAUGUGUUCAGUGCAUUCGAUUUUGCAGAGCAUCAAGAAUACGAAAUUCAAAAUCGAUUUCAAGCAAUUCGAAGAUCCGAAGCAAAUAUCGAAUACGGUCAAGUGGCUAACCAUGGACGACAGGGACACAGUUUGGAAUUACACCGUCUAUUUCUUGCGAAACAAAUGGGUCGAAUGCGAUGAGCAUCGAUUGUAUGCGGAAAUUACGAAAGUUCAAUGUUUGAAAUGUGAUUUUGCAUUGGCUACUCACUAUGUGGAUUGUCCAUGUCGAACGUGCAUGCUGGCCGGCGGACCGUGCUUUACUCAAAUCAAAGAAAAUUCAACUCAAUUCUUUUGCACAAAGUGCACGGUCUUCGAGAAACUCGAUCGCGAAUACUUGGACUGUGUUACGGAAUUCAUCAAUACGAAAUCGGACGAAGCUAACAAGAAGGUUCGAUUGGUUUAUCAAGCCAAGGAUGCCAACAAACCGAUUACAUUUUCCAUUGAUAAUAUGAUUGAUCCGUCGGACGAAUGGAAUAAGGAUCAUGGCUACCAUUUAUCGUGGGCUGUGUUCAAGCAUUUACCAACACGUCGCCCAUACAACACGUUAAACUUUUCCGUGGAGCAUUUCUGUUCAUUUCAGUCGCCUCCGUGCAACCGAAACGAAUGCCGUGUCGCCACCCAAAUCAUUGCCGGACUAUACCCACUGAACUUUUCGAAAUUUCUCGUAUCGGCAUACCAACCUCUCAAUGAAGACGAACGCAAAGAAUUGAUGAACAUCCAGCACCUGUAUUUCACCUAUCUGAUUCGGAAACUGUGCAAUGAUAACACGAAAACCGUAAGCCAAGCGAGUGUGAACGACAUGAUUUACGAUGUUGAUGACACCGACUAUGCAUUACUGUGUGAUAUUGGUUCUGCGUUCGCCGAAUGUUACCUAACGGAUACGAAGAUUCCAUUGGAAGAAGCGCUAGACUCGUGUUUUUCGUUCGACGGCCUCGACAUUGAACUGAACAUGUUCUGGUUGGACUGCAUUUAUAUGACAAAAUCAACGGAAAAGUUACACUGUUCACCGUCGAAGAAAAAAAACGGAUUGGAGGACGAUCCAAAGCUGCUGGAAUUGAAGGAAUUGCGAACGCAUAUGGAUAAACUGUUUCUGGAUCGGUCCGGUGGGCCGAAGUCAACAUCGGCCAAAAAGGAUGAUGCGGCACAGCAAGUGCUGUCUAGCGAAGCGGCCGAACUGUUGUGCAUGAGGCUGAAUAGUAAACAGAAAAUGGUCGAUCAGACUGUGAAGGCGGCUGGUGAAGAUAGUAAAGUGAAAUGCGAGUCGUCGUCACCGAAAAGUGAUCACUUGGCCGAGGCCAUUAAGCUCGCGGUGAAUCAGGAACUUAAUUUGAAAUUGGAAGAGGAAUUGAGAACAUUGAAAGAAGAGCACAGUGUUCUCAAAGAUAUGGUGCGCGACCUAGAACAAAUGAAGGAAAACGAAGAGAAACAAGUGAAGACGACCGCGGAGAAGAACGGACAUCUGUGUUGCAAUGAACAUUCUGAUUUUCUCGAAAAUCACCCGAAUAAAAUGUGCCAUAGGUCUGACGGCGGAUGUACAUGUUAUUAUUGUACGAUAUUCGGUCAUACGGAAUGUAAUCAUGGUCGGACGAAUGAGACGCGAGAUCGACUUCGAAAGCGAUUGCACCAACAACACAGCAAGGAUUCAACGAAGACUGCAUCAUCAUCGAAUAUAAAAAGUGUGAAAGGCGUCUUCAAGAAAACCAUCACGUCGAAGCACAUUGUCGUUGAAAAGACCACCAAACACAUAGCUGAUUUGUCCGAGGCGAAAAACCUUGCCAAUGCUCUCACAGCAAUGAAAUCAAGUAUUCCACAGGGUGCUACUGUCAGCAGCAGUACGAAAAUUAUCGAUGCCAGUGAAAAGAAACCAGUAACCGUGCAGCAUAUUGCAACGGAAGUGCCUGCAAAUGUUGUACCGCAUAAAAGUGAUCCGGUGGUAACGCACGCGCAUGCGCACAUGGUGAAAGAGAAGGAGAAACCAAGAAUCGAAAAAAUUCCACACAAAACCAAUGAAACGGUUCUGAUACAGCCUGGACCGCGCGAUAAACCGCUACCCAACAUUCAGGAUAUUUUGGAAUUCAUCGAAGGCAGCAGCAACAAAAAGGACUCGCUUAAAAAGGCAGCGAAAAAGGCGAAACAAAAGCAGAAAAAAUUAGAUGUGAAACGAGUGGAAGAACUGGAACAAAUGCGCGAGGACUUUCAUGACAUCUUUUUUAAAGAGGCCGAAGCGAAAAGUGAAUUGAAACUGCUGAAAACGGCGAAAAAGAAAGAUAAGAAAAAAAUCAACGAAGUCGAGAAUGGCGUGAAGAAACUAGGCAAAUUACGUGCGAAAAUUGAGUCCCCGAUUCUGGAAUUGAUAGCCGAGCUGAAGAAAAACAAUGCCGACUUUAAGUUUGCCUACCUACCUACAAAAGAGCAGCAGCUGGAGAAACUGAAUCGAGACAACAAGCCACCAUCGCCGCCAACCGUCCAACCGGCGGUAAAAUUACCAACAAACGAUUUCAAUCAUCACGGCCAUAUCAUCAAUCCGGAACAUUUUACCAACAAUAGUAGCGGCAACGUCAGUCUUCAGAAUGGUCAAAAGCAAAACUGUGAAGUUUCAUUGGAUCCGUCCAAGCGAAUGGUCACGAUUCGGCGAGUAAACGUACCUCACGCUGAUGCGCAAGUAACCGUGACUGCUAAAGGCUUAUCGCCCGACAAAGACAAACUGUUAUACACAUUCAUCAAUGGUCAACUAGUUAAUGCUCCGAAUCAACAAGCUCCAAUAAACACCACCUCGAUAUCACAGAUUCAACAGUAUCAUUUACAGCAUCAACAGCUGAGGCAACAGAACUUGAAUGCAGCUGCGGUGAGCCAAACACCAGUGGCAACCAAUAGUUCAACAAAAGUGGAAAAGAAAGCGAAAGCUAAAAAGGAAUUGAACAAACAGAGCUCGUCGGAGAGUAUCACCACAAUCAAAACAUCGAAUAAAGAUGAAAUGUCGUCCAAGUGCAAUGGAACAACGAGUUCGGGUACGAUUACGGCCACACAGAAGCGUAAAGACAAAAAACUGAAGGCUCAGCUAGCUAAACAGUCGUCGGUAGAAGACAGCAGUAGUGUGGAGAGCGUGGCCAGAAAUGCUAAAACGAAAGCUAAGGACGUGAUGCCGGUUGCUUGCAACAAGACCAAACGGAAUAGCGUCGAAGUGGAACCGCAACCGAAGGCAACCAAAGACUCGCCAUUGGAAAGCGAAUUGAAGAAAGACGAACGUCGUAAGGUUAAAGCACCGAAAUACGAGUACGCAGAUCCACAAUACAAAACGAAUAAAUUUGAUGUCCUUGACUUGGACGACGAUGAUGACUAUUACAUUUCGGAGGAAGAGUCAGUGGACAGUGGCGUUACCACAUCGACCGUGGACCAUGCAUCGCAACAGAGUUCGAAGAAAAAUUCAACCAAAGCUAAUAUUUCCAAUAAAAGUACGAAGCAAACUGCUGUUACUCCGCCGACACCCAGUACCACGAAGACUGAAAAGUCCAAACCGACUAAAGAAGUGCAGACUCAAUUCAAGAAAGAGAAAACUCCAGUCGAAGCGGAAGUUCCACUGUCAAAGAAGCAAAAGAAGAAGUUGGCGCAACAACAGGCUCGGCAGCAAAGUCAGGCGAAUGCUAAAUCAUCGGUUUCCCAUGGUGAUUCACUAAAUAGUGCGAUGCACAAGCUCCGGUUAAAUGAUGACACUACGAUUGAACUUGUGAAGGAUAACCAUGGAACAGCUAACUGCAACGCCGCGAAUUCCAAUGUUAGUAUCAUGGAUCAAUUGAACCGUGGGAUCAAGGUUGAAGGGCUCAUGCUACCGCCUGGCAUUACAUUAACUCGUGUGAAUCCUGCCACUGUUGAAGCGAAUCGUGCAAGAAUGGAAUCUAUUUCAAAGAUUUCUCAGCCAAUGCCACCUGUGCCACCCGAGCAAACAUCUCAUCUGUACAUGCCGAAUUCGAUGAAUUUACCAAAUCCAAUGAUGAUGCCGAUAAACAUAGCUGGCCAGGAUCCGAACGGUUUCGUUAUGAUUGAUCCGAUGAACACAAAUGCACAAUUGUCCAAGCAACAGUUGCUUGCAAAUGCGGCUAACGCAAAGUUGAAGCGACGAAAGCGGAAAGGUAAAAACAAGAAGUCUGAUGAUACGCCACAAACUGACGCUACAAGUCAGCAUCCGAAGUUAGUCACCUUGCGUAAUCCUCUGUUCCACGCUAAUAACGAAGUAUUACGUCAACCAAUGCCCGGAGCUAGCAUUAGUCGUCCAGCUGCACAAUUACCGGUUCAAAUUGAUCAACCUGCUGCCAUAAUCAAAAACGAUAAUGGAAUGUUUACAAUCCGCAAUCCUGCACUACAUCAAGCUAUAUCGAAUGGUGUGCUGAACAACAAUGGACGAUCGUACGGUCCCGAGCACAAUUACAUUGUUCCGGAGUCGCUUCAACAAAACGACGCAUUCUACAAUCACAACUCGGUGCAAUCGAAUGGUGGUGUUCCGUCAGCACCCAAGCACACAGUUGCUAUCGGCAGUGAAGUUAAAAAUCAAAAAAAGCAACAACAAGAGACAAGGAAGAAACAGCAGCAGCAGCAACAACAACAACAACAACAAAUGAUUUGGCCAAACAGUAACAUUGGACUACGGAAUCCAGGUUCUACCACCACAGAUGCCUCGGACAGUCCCGUUUUCAGUAACAUGAACAAUUUGAAAGGUCAACAGAGUCAAGGCUUUCCAUCAUUCGACAAUCAAUCUCCUUACGGAUUCAAUGAGUUUUUCGGAGCGUCACCGGUUACAGUGCCCGUAACAACUCCAGCUCAAGGUAAUUUCUACAAUGGAAAUGGAUUCAGUGGCUAUUCAAAUGGUGUGACCAAUGACUGUGGCUAUUUGUUCGGGAGCUCGCAGCACAGGUGCGACGAUUCACCACCAUUAUCGUCGACGAACAAUUACUAUGAAGGGCUGCCUCAAAACUAUAGCAACAAAUACGAUGACAUGCAAUUUUUGUUUAACUUGCAACCGGGGCAGCGUUUGAACAAUGAGGUUACCAUUCACAACAUCAGUGAAUCGAAGUUUCACCGUGAUCAACCACCUCCGUCGCUGUCGAAUGGUGUCGAAAUAACUCGAAUUCCUGGUCCGUCGUCGCAUCAGCCGCAGCAGCAUCACUCACAGACGCACAUAUAUCCAUCAAAUUUAGCUGUUGGCAGUCAGCGACCAGUCCGGAACGGCGAGCACAUUUCCGAAUUCGGCGAUAGUGUUUUCGCUCCGAAUCAAACCGUCAACUUAAGUGAACUCGAAUCUGAAGAGCGUGACAUUGAAUCGUUCAAACGAUUCGAUUACUACUUUGAACCACCCAAAAACAAGCCGAAAGUCAAUUUUAAUGUUAAGGAUAUUAAGGUUAGGAGUAAAAUGACGAAUUCCAAUUCGGAUAGCUCAUCGCCAUAUUUCGGCGAAUCGUCGUCACCGAUGAACGGAUCGGAACUGGACGAUUUAUACCAAGAUAUGAACACAUUGAGUCUUUCCAAUAGUUGUGAUCCGAGGCAGCAUGGCAAUGUAACUGGUGGCAAUUAUGCGGCCGAUCACUAUUUACAUGGGGUGGUCGACGAAUUAGCCAAUGGUUUAAUUGAUUGAAUUCUGUAAGAAGAGAGAAACGAAAAACAGUUUCGUUUUGCUUUUUGUAAAGUGAAAUGGACAUGCAAACGAUGGAAAAAAUGGUUUGGUUUUAUAUCAAAUGCUAGCAAUGCCGAGACAUUAAAUUACGAUUUAAACAAAACACAAACUACUUAAAUAGUGAUUCCAACAUAAAUUUAAAAAAAAUGAAAUCAUUUUACCAGCCGCGUUUAUGUGUUUGCCCAUGAUGAUUGUUGUGUUUCUUUUUUAUUUUAAAUAAAACGAAAAGCAACAAAAUAUUCGAACAGAAUAUUAAAAAAAA